AUGCACGUCGACAUGGACUGCUUCUUCGCCUCCGUGGCGACGCGUAACGAUGAAGAGCUGCGGUCCAAACCGGUGGCGGUGACGUGGGGGACGACGAAGAGCCAGAGAGGGGAGAUCAGCUCGUGCAACUACCGCGCGCGGGCGUUCGGCGUCCGCGCGGGAAUGUGGUUGGACGAAGCCUUACGAGCGUGUCCGACCUUGGUGACGCUCCCGUACGAUUUCUCCGCGUACGAAGCGACGGCUCUGGAGGUGUACGAGAUCUUGUGGGCGAUAUCGGGUGGGGAGGUGGUCGGCGUGAGUUGCGAUGAGGCGUACGUGGACGCGAGCGAGCGGAGCGCGAGAGAAGGCAAGGAUCCGUUGGAGGUGGCGGAAGAGAUUCGUAGACAGGUUCGUGCGCGAACCGGAUGUUCGUGUAGCGUCGGGAUCGGGUCGAACAUGUUGUUGGCGCGGUUGGCGACGCGAAGGGCCAAGCCGGAUGGGACGUUUUUCGUGGCGCCCGCGAUGGAGCGGGCGUUCAUCGCGGCGACGUUAGUGGAGGACAUUCCUGGCGUGGGACGAACGGCGGGUAAGAAAUUAGAAGUUUUCGGGGCCAAGACAUGUGGGGAGCUAUUGCGCGUGCCCGUGGAUGACGUGCGACGUGCGAUAGGGGGUAAGUUGGCGGAGAAGUUACUCGACGCCGCGCGAGGCGUGGACAAGACUCCGUGGCGCGUUCGUCCGGAGCGCAAAUCAGUCGGGGCUCAAAUGUCGUGGGGCGUGCGAUGUGCCACGGAUGACAUCGCGCAAGAUUUUGUGCGUCAGCUCGCGAACGAGGUCUCGCAGCGCAUGCAGCGCUUGAAGAUUCGUGGCGGGAGAAUGUUUCUCAAGGUGUGGCGAGCGAUUCCAGAUGUGCGCACGAAGCGCGAUUAUCAAGGUCACGGCGCGUGCGAUGUCUUGACGCGUUCGAAACCGAUGUUGCGUGUAAGUAAUGACACAGAAAUCGUCGCGAACGAGGCCUUAUCACUCUUGCGGGAACUCAGAGUCGAAGCCACGCUCAUUCGUGGUCUUGGUGUCUCCGUCAACAAGCUCGAGGGUGAAAACGGUGUCGCGUCCCCCACUUCAAAGAGACAACCUACGCUCUUCCAGAUGUUUCGCGGCGACGAACCCGAGGCGAAAGCAGAACUCAACGAUGAAACACUAGAUUCUGAGACAAGCGAUGAGGACGUGAUAGAGACACAGGGUGAAGAAGAUGUCGCGAACACGCAGGAGUUGACGCAAAACGAAUGUGACUUUGCUCUCUUCAACGAUUCGCAAGCCGAGAUCGAUUCAGAUUUGGGACGAUCGAUGCGCGAGGCGUUCGCCUCCGCCGCACGCGCGUACGCAUGGCAAAGUUACGAGCUCACGCGCUUGAGUCUCUCGAAGCGUCGUCGUGAGACGUAUGGAGAGGAUGAGUAUGCCAAGCGUGCCACCUCGAGCGCAACCGAUGUCAUCCUCGCGCACGCACGACGGUCGUAUCUCAGAGAAGGCGCGAGUGGACUCAGCGCAGUGUUGGACGACGCGCGCGCGCUAUGUCGAUCGCACGAGCUCUUACACGAGAAAUAUUCCUCUCAAGGAGCCGCGUUCAUCGCCGCCUGGCUCGAUCGAGUCGACACCGUCGAGCGAUUGGUGUCCUCGAGCGGGAACUAG